AAAGUCAACCUGAAGUAUCUUAUCCUCAUCUCCUUCAUCAAACCCACCACACUUGACUCUGCACAGCCUCAACAAAAUGUCAUCAGAAAAUCACAACGAACAUGUUCACGAACACGUUCACGACCACGACCAUAACCACAACCAUGACCAUCAUCAUGAGAGCGGGUCAUCGUUUGUGGGGAAAGAUGGGAAGAUAUACCAUAGUCAUGAUGGAUUGGCACCGCAUUCGCACGAACCCAUUUACUCCCCCGGCUUCUUUAACCGACGAGCACCGCCACUUGUUACCAGAGAUUUCAGAGAACGAGCUUUCACCAUUGGUAUUGGUGGCCCUGUUGGUACUGGAAAAACAGCCUUGAUGUUGGCACUCUGUAGAUUUCUGCGUGACAAAUACAGUCUUGCUGCGGUUACAAAUGAUAUAUUUACAAAAGAGGAUGGUGAGUUUUUAGUUAAAAACGGAGCGCUCCCAGAGGAAAGGAUACGCGCUGUGGAGACAGGUGGCUGCCCACAUGCUGCGAUCAGGGAAGAUAUUAGCAUUAAUCUUGGCCCACUUGAAGAGCUUUCUAACUUGUACAAAGCAGAUAUACUUCUUUGUGAAUCUGGAGGAGAUAAUUUAGCUGCCAAUUUCAGUAGGGAACUGGCUGACUACAUAAUCUACAUCAUAGAUGUUUCUGGUGGUGAUAAAAUUCCAAGGAAAGGAGGGCCAGGCAUAACACAAGCUGACCUUCUGGUUAUAAAUAAGACGGACCUUGCAGCAGCAGUUGGGGCUGAUUUGGCAGUCAUGGAGCGCGAUGCGCUUCGAAUGCGCGAUGGCGGGCCAUUUGUGUUUGCUCAGGUGAAACACGGGGUUGGUGUGGAAGAGAUAGUAAACAACAUUUUGCAGGCAUGGGAAGCAGCAACAGGGACUAAACGCCGUUGAUAUUGUUCAACUUCUGGUUAUGUUAUUUCGAAUUAGUUAGUUUGUUAUGUGUACUUUUGAGAGUAAUGGAACACAUUAGGGUGCAUUUUAAACCGAAUAAAAGGUGUUUUGACCUUUCCAACUAUUGUAUUUGGUCAUUGUUGCGUGCUAAUUAACGUAAGAAAAUUUCAAACAAA